AGAGAGCAGUUCGCAGGACGGGAGACAUUCCGGUGAUCAAGUUUGAUAAUUUCGAGUCCGCCCUACAAGGUAGUUCCCCACCUGCCACGUUCUUGCUUGGUUCUGUGUGGAUGGCGGCACCUUUAGCGUUGUCAAUCUCGCCCGAUUGAAGACCCGACGUUGUUACCAGAUACCAGACACAUCACCACCUCAGCAAAUGCAGGCACCAACAUCCAGGCCUUCGACACCCUAACGUGAGGCCGACUGAAUCAGAUACAGGAUGGAAGGCCGCGAGAUUGAUACGCUCUUGGAGCGGUAUCUACAUCUUCUCCACGAGUACACUACCCUGCGCACGGAACUCCGCAACCUGCAGACCGGCAUAUAUCAAAAUAUCGCCAGAGCCAAUUUCACUGCAGAGCGGGGCAUGAGAUACGGUCGGGAUUUAUACGAUGAUCGGAUGCAGGCCUCGAGAAGGGUGAAAGUCAAUUGCUCCGAAGAAGGUGUCCUCAGCUUUCAAGUAGCAAAAGACGACGUAGCCGGAAACCGUCUGAAGAAUAGUGACGACGCACCCCAGGCAAAGGAAGAGAAUACCGAGGAAGAUGACAGUUCAGGAGAUAUCAACAACUCUGCCGACAGUGAGGAGCAGACGGCGAAGAAGGCUCGGAAGAAGGACCCGCUGCGUUGGUUUGGACUGCUCACCCCGAUGCCCUUGCGUCAAGCUCAGGGGCAAAGCAUAAAGGCCGUAGAGGAGGUCAUACCACGAUUAGUUACAGUGCAGGGUGAAAUGCAGUAUUUGGAAAUCGAAGUGCGGAGGGCACGCAAGAAGCGGGCCAAGGCCGAAGCUCAUGCAAAGAAAGAAGGAGAAGGUAUUCCAAGCCAGGAAGUGACUGCCUGAAGUCAAUGGGUUAGGUUUGUCGAGCUUAGUAGUAGAAAAGCUAUCCGAUGUGGGCAGCACUUCUUGACCGCCUGAUCUCGAGGCUGAACUGACCUUGUCUCAAGGCUACCGCUAUUCUGUAUUCAUGUAUUCAUGUAUUGCUAUAAUACCAGGUUGCGGAACCGCAACUGAAACAAACACAUGCUGUACGGCAUCACAGUAUGAAGUCCCGUUUGCCAUGUUAUGCUUGUGCGGAUUUCUAGUUAUGACUGCUGAAUUGCAACAUGUGGAAG